AUGUCUUCGGCGAGCGCCAACCAACAACACAAGAACCUUCUCGGUCAUCGUAUUGCCGAUGGCCGCUUGGAGCUCGUUCAGGUGCUCGGUCUAGGUGCCUACGGCGUUGUCUAUCUCGCACGCGACCUCCAUCACCACCACGGCGCCUACGCCUCGACCUCUUCCCACCAAGCUUUCGCCGCGCUAGCUGCCGCCAAACAAGGUCACACCUCCGGCUAUUAUGCAGUCAAGUGCCUCAACAAGGUAGGCCUCGAUGCCCGCCAGCGUGCCUUUCAGCGUCGUGAGAUCAUGCUUCAUACCAUGGCAUCCAAUCACCCCAACGUCGUCACCCUUCACCGUGUCAUCGACGAUCCACAAGACCCUUGCGUCUACGUUGUGCUCGACUACUGUCCCGACGGCGACCUCUUCAGCAUGAUCACCGAAACCCAGCGCUAUAUGUUGCCAACCUCUGCUUCGCGUACCGCCGACGAACACGGCAUCGAUGUUGCCUUCACCACUGACCGUCUCAAGAUGGAUACCCUUAUCCGCGACGUCUUUGGCCAGAUCCUCGACGCCGUCGAGUUUUGCCAUCAGAUGGGCAUCUACCACCGCGAUCUCAAGCCUGAGAACAUCCUCUGCCUUCGUGGAGGCGCCAAAGUGGUGCUCGCCGACUUUGGUUUGGCCACUGGUGACAAGUCGAGCUCCGACUUUGGAUGCGGCAGCACUUUCUACAUGGGGCCCGAGUGCCAAGGCGGCAUCACCCGUCGUCUCACCAGCUACAACACAGCCGCCAACGACGUCUGGUCUCUCGGCGUCAUCCUCGUUAACCUCAUCUGCGGCCGGAACCCGUGGAAGCAGGCUUGCCCCGCUGAUGAUACCUUCCGCGAAUACCUACGUAACCCUGACUUCCUCAAAGAGAUCCUUCCCAUCUCGGACGGCGUCAACUCGAUCCUCAAACGGGUCUUUACUUUCCGCGCCGAGGCUCGCUGCUCCAUUGCCGAUCUCCGAACGAUGAUUUGCGGCGUCGAUCGACUCACCGCCACCACCGCUGAGAUCAAGGCCCGUCAAGAAGCCGCUCGCCACGCCGCCGCUCAGGCGCAAGCCGCUCGUCAGGCCGAGAACAUCGCUGCCGCUGCCGCCUACCGCGAGCAGCAGCGCAAGCAGCAGGCUGCUCUCGAAUCGGCGCGCGCUGCUCAUACCCAAGCCUAUCAUCCCGCUGCUGCGGUCGUUCGACAUGUCGACGCCGUGCGCAAGCCCAAUUGCGGCCGCGCUCGCUGUUUGCCGCAGGUUGCGACGCUCGACCAGAUCACUCGGCCUGUCGCCUACGCCAGCCACCGCUAUGCAUCACAUGCCGACGACGAUGCCGACGCCAUCGCCAAUGCAGCUUUGUACGACGCCUAUUCGGAUCCAGAGCUGGACAGCAGCAGUUGCGAGGGCGAUGGCUCCUUUUCGCCUUCCGACGCGCCUGACGACUGCACUGAGGGUCACUUGUCGGGUGAACAGGCCAACGUCGACUGGUCACGUCAUCCCAUAGCGGCUCCUGCCAGCGGUCAUCUUGAACACCGUGGAGUUUCCAACCUCACCAGCAUGAGCGAUGUGCAUGCCACCCAGAAGCCAUGCCUGGGCGUCAGCAUUUCCACCAACGCAAUGGCCAUGGAUGAUCGCGAAGGAUGCUCGGACGAUUGCUCGAGCCGUAGCGCCAGCGGUGAGUCGCGCCGCAGCUCAGCGUCCUACACAGGCUUGCCACCCACGCCUCAAUUCGUUGCUCACAGCGUGGAGGAGGCUUCGAUCGCAAAGGCGGGAGCCGACUUUUCGCCUACACCGGCGAGCAAGCGUGUUCACGUCAACGGCACAUUCAGUGGCAUCGUCGAGGGCGGUCUUGUCGCGACCGAAGGCAAGACAUCGACGCGUGGCCUUGCCGCGCGAUGGCUACAAAGCCGCUGGGAGCAGGAUGAGGAAGCGUGCGCGCUUGCUGGCUUUGCACAACCCGCUGUCAAACAUCAAGCCGCGCGAGCCGUCGUAGCUGGCUGGGCUGCUCCGGAAGGCGAGCGACACUUUGCCAGUGUCCCCAGCAGACGCUUGGUGCACGCCCAUCAGAUUAGCACUCGCGGUGCCAUUCCUUCGUACCGCAGCAACGCCUCGCUUGACGCUACUCAGCAGUAUGUGGCGGAGGCGGCAAGGUAUACCGAACACAACUAG